AUGAUGGGAAACCACACAUCAGUGUCAGAGUUUAUUCUUCUUGGGCUGACAAGUGACGUCAAGCUUCAAGCUGUGCUUCUCCUGUUUCUGCUGCUAACUUACAUCUUAAGUGUCAUGGGCAACUCUGCCAUCAUCCUUCUGACCCUGCUGGAUUACCGCCUCCAGAUGCCUAUGUAUUUCUUCCUCCGAAAUUUUGCGUUUUUAGAGAUAUCAUUUACAUCUGUCUUUGUUCCCAAAAUGCUAAUCAAUAUUGGAACUGGAGAAAGGACUAUCUCCUUUGCUGGAUGCUUCACUCAGUAUUUUUUUGCAAUUCUUCUGGGAGCAACUGAAUUUUACCUUUUAGCUGCCAUGUCCUAUGACCGCUACGUGGCCAUUUGCAGACCCCUGCAUUACACAUCUAUCAUGAGUAGAAGACUUUGUUUUCAACUUGUCCUAAGCUCCUGGUUCUCUGGUUUUGUAGUUGUCAUUGUGCCUCACGUAAUGACUCUUCAGUUACCUUUCUGUGGCUCCAACAUCAUCAACCAUUACUGCUGUGACUACACUAUACUGCUGCAUUUGUCCUGUUCAGACACGCAUUCCAUAGAAGUGAUUCAGUUCGUCCUUGCUGCCGUGACCCUCAUCUUCACCUUGUUCCUGGUGAUUCUGUCCUACACAUACAUUAUCAGGACCAUUCUGAGGAUCCCCUCUGCACAACAGAGAAAGAAAGCAUUUUCUACAUGUUCCUCUCACAUGAUAGUGGUAUCACUUUCUUAUGGAAGCUGUAUCUUCAUGUAUAUAAAUCCUUCUGUUAAAGAUGCAGCAAGCUUUAAUAAGAGAGUUGCAGUUUUAAAUACUUCUGUUGCCCCUCUCUUAAACCCAUUCAUCUAUACCCUAAGGAACAAGCAAGUGAAAAUAGCCUUCAAAGAUAUGUUAAGUAAGGUGAUAUUUUUUUCAAAAAAGUGA